CCCCCGGAUGGUCGGGCUCCGCCCUCCCCAGCCCGCCAGGCCCGGCAGCGCGGGCGAAGAAGUUGUGGCCGAAGCCGGGGGCGCCGCCCGGGAGCUGCCGCCCGCGCCGGCCCCGCUCUUCUCGCCCACCCCGGGAGCACGCGGGCGCAGCGCGAGGCUCGGGCCGGCCCCGCGUCCGGAGAGGCGGCGAUGGCCCGCGGCGCGCGCCUGCUCCGCUGCCUCCCCGCCCGGCUCUCUUAACCUUGGCGGCUGCAGGAAUCUCUGAGCUUCUGCCCCCCAGAAGCCUUUGACUGAGGUCUCAGCUGCUGGGGACCUUCUGGCUGUGAUUCCAAGCGGGGAUGGCUGCAGGCCCUCGAGAGAAGGAGGCUUCUCUCGAACCCAGACCGUGCCACUAGAAUGCACUGGCUGAGAAGGGACCUCCCUGCCUGUGGGGUGCUUUUCCAUCCCUAGACUCCAUCCAGAAUCGGCCACUGCUGUCACAGUCACCUGGAGAUCCGGUGGCCGCUGCCUCAGCAUGAGUGACGAAAAAGGCCUGGGGCUGCCCCAGAAGUUGGUUUCUCCUUCUCGGAGUACCAGCAGCUGCUCCUCCAAGCAGGGGAGUCGACAGGACAGCUGGGAAGUGGUGGAAGGGCUCCGUGGAGAGAUGAAUUACACCCAGGAGCCCCAGAUACAGAAGGGCUUUCUCCUGAAGAAGAGGAAGUGGCCGCUCAAAGGCUGGCAUAAGAGAUUCUUCUUCUUGGAGAAAGGGAUCUUGAAGUAUGCUAAGAACCUGGCUGAUAUUGAGAGAGAGAAGCUCCAUGGAUCCAUUGACGUCGGGCUCUCCGUGAUGUCCGUCAAGAAGUCCUCCAAAUGUAUAGACCUCGAUACCGAGGAGCACAUUUACCACCUGAAGGUGAAGUCCGAGGAAGUCUUUGAUGAGUGGGUGGCCAAGCUCCGUCACCACCGAGUGUACCGUCAAAAUGAGAUUGCCAUGUUCCCACGGGAUGUUAACCAUUUCUUCUCUGCAUCCACUGUCACAGACUCCCCCUCUGGAGUAUUUGACUCUGUUUCAACUAGGAAGCGCGGCAGCAUAUCAAAGCAGAGCUCGCUGCAGACGGGAAGCAGUUUGUCGUUUGGCUGUGGAGAAGUCAGGUUCCCCAUCUGGCCCCAGUCUUGUGAAGACAUGGAAAAAUGCUCCAAAGACCUGGCCCACUGUCACACCUACUUGGUGGAGAUGAGUCAGCUCCUCCAGAGCAUGGAGGUCCUUCACAGGACUUACUCGGCCCCAGCGAUAAACGCCCUGCAGGGUGGCGCUUUUGAAAGUCCCAAAAAGGAAAAAAGGCCCCACAGACGGUGGCGGGCGAGAGCUAUUAGCAAGGAGGCCAAAGGAAUGCUGCAGGUCCCCAAGCCUUAUUCGGGCCCAAUCAGGCUCCACGCGUCCAAUCCGAAUUUGUCAACACUGGAUUUUGGAGAAGACAAAAACUAUUCUGAUGGCUCCGAGACCUCGUCAGAGUUUUCCAAAAUGCAGGAAGACCUGUGUCACAUUGCACACAAAGUUUACUUCACCUUAAAGUCAGCUUUCAAUACCAUAUCAAAUGAGAGGGAGAAACUGAAGCAGAUCAUGGAGCACGAGUCUUCCUCAUCACCUUCUGCACAGAUCGUGGGUCUGAAACACGCCUUAUCAUCCGCCCUAGCACAAAAUACAGACCUUAAAGAGCGCUUACGUAGAAUCCAUGCCGAGUCCCUGCUCCUCGACUCUGCUGCCGGUGCCAAGUCAGGUGAUGGUCUGGCAGAGGACAUCUCUGGAGAAGAAAGCAGAGCGCUCGUUCACCAGCUCUCCAAUGAAAGUCGGCUCUCCAUCACAGACUCUCUUUCAGAGUUUUUUGAUGCCCAGGAAGUCUUACUGUCUCCAAGCUCCUCAGAAAAUGAGGCUUCUGAUGACGACUCCUACGUCAGUGACGUAAGUGAUAACGCCUCCAUGGAUAACCUCAGCAAUGAUCUGGAGAAUGAGAGACAGACUUUGGGCCCCAUUCUCGAGAGCGGCCCCGGGGGCCAGACCAAGCGGCGCUCCUGCUUGCCAGCCCCCUGCCCCAACACCAGCAACAUCAGCCUCUGGAACAUUCUAAGGAACAACAUCGGGAAGGACCUGUCCAAGGUGGCCAUGCCUGUGGAGCUCAACGAGCCUCUGAACACGCUGCAGCGGCUCUGUGAGGAGCUCGAGUACAGCGAGCUGCUGGACCAGGCGGCGCGGACCGCGGACCCCCUGGAGAGGAUGGUAUACGUGGCGGCUUUUGCGGUGUCUGCCUAUGCGUCCAGCUACUUCCGCGCGGGGAGCAAGCCCUUCAACCCAGUGCUCGGAGAGACCUACGAAUGCAUCCACGAGGAAAAGGGCUUCCAGUUUUUCUCAGAGCAGGUCAGCCACCACCCGCCCAUCUCAGCCUGUCAUGCGGAGUCCCCAAACUUCGUCUUUUGGCAAGAUGUGAGAUGGAAAAACAAAUUCUGGGGCAAAUCCAUGGAAAUUGUUCCCGUCGGCACGACGCACGUCACCCUUCCUGCCUUUGGCGACCACUUCGAGUGGAACAAAGUGACUUCUUGCAUUCACAACAUCCUGAGUGGCCAGAGAUGGAUCGAACACUACGGGGAAAUCAUCAUCAAGAACCUAAAUGAAGAUUCCUGCCACUGCAAAGUGAAUUUUAUCAAGGCCAAAUACUGGAGCACCAACUCCCACGAGAUCGAGGGCACCGUCUUUGACAAAGGUGGCAAAGCCGUGCGCCGUCUCUUUGGGAAAUGGCACGAGAGCAUCUACAGCGGCACCCGGUCCUCGUCCACGUGCAUCUGGAGAGCCCACCCCAUGCCCAAAGGGCAUGAGCAGUAUUAUGGCUUCACCCAGUUUGCCCUGGAACUGAAUGAGCUGGAUCCAUUGACCAAACCGUACCUCCCCUCCACGGACACACGUUUCCGGCCAGACCAAAGGUUUUUAGAAGAAGGGAACAUAGAAGAAGCAGAAACACAAAAGCAAAGGAUCGAGCAAAUGCAGAGGGAGCGGCGCCGGGUCAUGGAAGAGAAUAACCUGGAGCAUCAGCCUCGGUUUUUCAGGAAAUCCAGCGACGACUCGUGGGUGAGCAACGGUACUUACUUGGACCUUCGGAAAGACCACGGCUUUUCCAAACUCGAUAAUCCCGCCCUGUGGUGAAAGAAGUUCAUCUGCCUCUGGUCCUCUGCUGUUUGCUUUCUGAGACAAUGCCUACUUACCUAUAUAGGAAUAUAUGUACAUGUAUUUAUAAGACACCAUCUAGAAUGAUGCAUUUGUGCUUAACCUAGACUUGUAAGUAUAUAAGUAUCUAUUUUCCUCAAUGGAUUUCUUUACAACUCCAAUUGUUACCAUGAUUGUUUGUAUGAAUGUAGAACACCUUAAUUUCUUUUUAUAGAGAAACUAUUUAAUAAAAUGAAAUCCUGAAUGUUAGAGGCUUGGGGAGAGGAGAAGGAGAGAAGCUUUAACACUAAUUUUCCAAAGGCUUCACAGACAUUCAGAUUAAAUUGAUGCCUUACUGAAUCAUGUUGAAAGGGAAAAAAGAAUAUCUCCCAGAUAUGUUGGGGAACAGGAAGAGAGGCCCCCACUUGAUGAGCUGCCCGAGUUUAAUUUGGUAGCUCAGCAAACUUUUGGCCUCAGACUGCUGGAGAAUUGCUCACACCGGGCGAUUCUGCGGAUUCUAGUCUGAUUGUUCUCUUCCUUUUAUUUUCUCAGGUGGGAGGGUAGGGCUGUGAGAUGAAAAGAAAUCUUAUUUUUGUUUAAUAUGGGUUUAGAACCUCCUGGAAGAGGUUGUCCAGUUGCCUUACAUGCACAAUUGUACCCUGUUGUUCAAGCAUUAGGAAAGAAAAUUCCCGUGCCCGAUAUUUUGGCUCCGUGGCUCAAAGUAGCCACUUGGGGAAGCUGCCCCGAAGGAGAACAGAACCUCUGGCUAGGACUGAAAGCAGCCCCUGCUUUUCUGUCCUUCCGUGACCCUCUCCUGCAACCUAUUCAGCAACAUCUUAGUGUUCGACAAAACAAUUUGAAAUCCACAGUACGUUUGUAUCCACGACCUUACUGAUUUCUACGAACUUGAAACACACAACAGGGGAACUUUUUAAGAAAAAAAAACAAAAAAACUUGGCAAAUUUACCUAAUUGUUUUAAAUAACAUGUGUUUUUUCUUAAAUACUAUUUUGGUAUUUUCUACCUCUUCUAAGUACCAUAUUUUAGAUCUUGUACAAAAUGUUUGACCAUCUGCCUUAUUAAGCCCCAAAUGAUGGGAUCUCCGCUCUUCCUUUGAACUCUCCGUUCUGUUUUGACGACUCUCAGCGUCCCGCAGUAUUGGGCUGCGUCCCAUCCGACGCUCUCUCCCGUUCGCUUCCCUCCUGUCCAGUGUCCCUACUUCACGAACUUGGCAGCUGCCUAAGAGAAAGCACAGAUUCAAACCACAGGGAGAGGCAGUUUGCCUUUUGUACCGGUGAGUGAUUCCAAAUCACAGUCAUAUGCUAUUAUGUGCAAUAAAGGAAAUGCAUGACCAAACUAUCGCCCGAAAGAUAUUAGGAUCGGGGCCUAAUUAAUGCAUAAACUUUCUAUCCUGGUGCACGAGCCAGUGCUGUGGAAGCUCAACAUUGAAUAAGGAUGUAAGGGAAAGAAAGAAAGAAAAGAAAAUCUUGAACAGGUUUGAAAGAGGACAAGCUUUUGACCCGCUGGGAACAGAGUGAGAAAAAAGGCAGAAGCCUUGUGGACCAUUAAGCUGUAGGACAAUGGUACGAUUUUGGAACUGUAUGGAGUGGGCCGGGCUCUUCUGGGGCAAAGGACUGUUCAAACUGUACUGAGCUUUCCGACAAUAAAAUCCUCCUUCAGUA